AUGAAAACACUUCUUUUCGCUCUCGUCCUGACUUUAAUGGCUGCGGCCGUAGUCAUGGCUAACCCAAAGCCAGUAGAUUCCUAUGGAGAACAUGCUCAACAUUGCUUCAAGAAAUGUACACACUACACAAAGGUCAAAGGAAAGUGUGUCGACUUUGAAUGGGUCGGAACCAAGAAGGAAUGCUGCCAAUGGAAGACCGUUGGUAAAGGAAAAUGUGAUCUCUACAAGAAGGUUGGCAAGUGUGUGAAAUACAGCAAGAAGAGAAAAAUCUGUUUGGGUCACGCUUACAAACAAUUCUGUAAUAAGGUUACCAAACACAAGAUUUGUUCCAAGUGGGUUUGGAAGGAAGCUUGUAAGAAGAAGGGAUCCAAUAACGCCUGUGAUCAAUACGCUUAUCACUUUAUUUGUACCAAAUACGAUAGUGCCUCACGAUGUGCUGUCAAGACCUUUGUUCCAAAGAUUUCCUACUUCUUCAAGAAGAGAUGUGCCAAAUAUGCCGUUCAUCAAUACUGUUCUAAAUACAAGACUCUCAAGAGAACUGUUCAAAAAUGGGUUCUUGUGAAGGGUAAGCACUACAAGGGAUGGGUCGACAAGUACUAUCGUCAAGUGUUGUUCACCAAGCGUAGAAAGAUUUGUGUUGCCUUCUCCAAGAAGAAGACUUGUGUCAGAACUCAAAAUGUUAAAUUCUCCAAGAAGAUUGGAUACACCAAGAAGUGCGUCAAGGUUAUUACCAAGAAGUUCUGUGUGGCCAAGAAGAAGAUUAGAUUCUGUACCAAGUGGAGUCGAAGUCGUUUCUGUACUCGCCGAGAAAAGAUUAGAGUGUGUAAGAAGUAUGACCAUCAAAAAUUCUGUUGCAAUUACAAGGCCAAGCCAUAUUGUACUCAAUUCAAGACAUUGAAGCCAAGAUGUAUCAAGAAGAAAUUCAAGCAAGUUUGUGCUCAUUUCUCACCAGGUCAAAAGAUUUGUGUCAAGUAUAACUUUGUGGGUGGAAAGAAGGAAUGUCGUAAAUUUGCUCAAGUCUCCAAGUGUGCUAAAUGGAAGAAGAUUUGUAACAAGAUUGAUGUGUACAAACCAGAUGCAAAGAAGGAUGAUAAGAAGCAUUAA